UAGACAUUUAAUUUUAGGCAAUAUUAAAGAAAAAAUUAAAUACUAAAAUAACUUGUGAAAAAUUUGCAAAUGUGUAUUUAAGUAAAGCGAAAUAACUUUUCUAAGCCGGAGAUAUGCAGUGCCAAGUUAUGGUGCUUAAGAUAUAACUAUCCCCCUAUUGUAUAUUUUGUUGGAAAUUAAAGAGACAAUAUGGGCGAUGUUGAUCCCGAAACUUUACUGGAGUGGUUGUCGAUGGGCCAAGGAGAUGAAAGGGAUAUGCAAUUAAUUGCUUUAGAGCAGCUAUGUAUGCUUCUUUUGAUGUCAGAUAAUGUUGAUCGAUGUUUUGAAAGUUGUCCUCCUCGAACAUUUUUGCCAGCUUUAUGCAAGAUAUUUUUAGAUGAGCUUGCACCUGAAAAUGUUCUUGAAGUUACUGCACGCGCCAUAACAUACUAUCUGGAUGUGUCUGCAGAGUGUACACGAAGAAUUGUUUCCAUAGAUGGUGCUAUUAAAGCAAUUUGCAACCGAUUAGUUGUUGCAGACCUAUCUUCACGCACAUCGCGAGAUCUUGCAGAGCAAUGCAUUAAAGUUCUUGAACUCAUAUGCAGUAGAGAAGCAGGAGCCGUUUUCGAAGGAAGUGGCUUAAACUGUGUGUUGUCAUUUAUUCGGGACUGUGGAUCCCAAGUUCAUAAAGACACAUUACAUUCUGCCAUGUCUGUCGUUUCGCGACUUUGCACUAAAGUGGAACCGAAUUCACCAUGCAUAGAUAACUGCGUGGAAAGUUUAAGCACUUUAUUACAACAUGAGGAUACACUGGUAUCAGAUGGUGCUUUAAAAUGCUUUGCUUCUGUGGCGGAUCGCUUUACCAGGAAAUGGGUUGACCCUGCUCCCCUAGCUGAAUAUGGUUUGGUUACCGAAUUGCUUAAACGUCUGGAAAAUGCUGGUGGUAGCGGUAAUAACCACUCCCUAUCUACAUCUAAAUUAAGUGGACCUGCACCCCUUAACCUUAACUCAGACAGACUUAAUGAAAAUGUUUCAGGAUCAUCAGCGAGUGCGGCUGGCAAAAUUCAAGCAAAUGAAUUGCGGUCACCGCAAUCAAUAUCAACAACGAUUUCGCUGUUGUCUACAUUAUGUCGUGGAUCACCCUCAAUAACGCGUGAUAUCUUAAGGUCUCAGUUACCCACUGCAAUUGAAAGAGCCCUAAAGGGCGAUGAGCGAUGCGUUCUUGACUGCAUGCGAUUUGCAGAUUUAUUGCUUCUUCUUUUGUUUGAAGGUCGCCAAGCAUUAAACAGGGGCAGUGCUAACACCAAUCAAGGCCAAUUAGCUCCGCGACCAAAACGAAAUGACUCCAGUACUGACCGUACUCAUCGCCAAUUGAUAGACUGCAUACGAUCUAAAGAUACUGAAGCUCUGCAAGAGGCAAUCGAAACUUGCGGAGUUGAUGUGAAUUGUAUGGAUGACGUAGGGCAAACUUUAUUGAACUGGGCUUCUGCUUUUGGUACUUUGGAGAUGGUUGAAUAUUUAUGCGAGAAAGGAGCAGAUGUUAACAAAGGGCAAAGAAGCUCAUCCCUCCAUUACGCUGCAUGUUUUGGACGCCCCGGAAUAGCAAAGAUUCUACUAAAAUUUGGUGCAUAUCCAGAUUUACGCGAUGAAGACGGGAAAACACCUCUUGACAAAGCGCGUGAAAGAUCAGAUGAUGGCCACCGGGAAGUUGCAGCAAUUUUACAAUCUCCAGGAGAAUGGAUGUCUUCUGGAAAUAUAUUGACAAACAAGGAAGGACAAAUGUACUCAUCACUUGAACCGCGCGGUGACCCUGAAAUGGCACCAGUAUAUUUAAAAUUACUUUUACCAAUCCUGUGCCGUACAUUUCAAGGUUCUAUGCUUCCUAGUGUCCGGCGAGCCAGUUUGGGUCUUAUUAAAAAGAUAGUACAGUAUGCACAUCCUUCAGUUCUUAAAAAUAUUUGUAAAAAGUGCGAUGAGCCAACAACUUCAAUAGCCACUCAAAGUGUUGGAAACUUGCUAACUGAAGUUAUUGCCAGCGUUUUGGAUAGUGAGGAUGAUGAAGAUGGCCACGUAAUUAUUUUGAACAUUAUUGAGGACCUGAUGUGUAAGACACAAGAAGAAUUUAUUGAACAUUUCGCACGACUGGGAGUAUUUUCUAAAGUGCAAGCUCUAAUGGAUCAAAACGAGGACAACAGUUCAUCACAACUCGCAUCGGGCUCGUCAGAUUUGUCAUCAACACAAAAAGGGUCAGCAUAUUGUAUGCCGAGUAGAUCAGUAUCAGAUGAUUUAAUGGAGGAUGCUAAAGAGAUUUUGCAAGGCAAGCCUUAUCAUUGGCGAGAUUGGAGCAUUUGUCGAGGUCGAGAUUGCUUAUACGUUUGGUCAGAUUCUGCAGCGUUAGAGCUUUCUAAUGGUUCCAAUGGUUGGUUCCGUUUUAUACUUGAUGGAAAAUUGGCAACAAUGUACUCAAGUGGUAGCCCUGAAAAUGGAAAUGAUAGCUCCGAAAAUCGUGGUGAGUUUCUCGAAAAACUAGUUCGAGCUCGAUCCAGCGUGAGUCCUGGUACGCCAUCACAGCCCAUUUUGCCCACUGUGUGUGUGUUAAGACUUGUUGUUGGAAAUUGGGUGUUACAAUCACACAAACCUAAUCAACUGCAAAUUCACAACACAGAAGGUCAUCAAGUUACAAUACUACAAGAUGAUAUGCAAGGUUUUAUCUUUGAAAGUAACAGAGGAACUAAGCAUUCGUUUACAGCAGAAACUACCUUAGGUGCAGAUUUUGCUUCAGGAUGGUCCACUGAGAAAAAAAAGCGUACUAAAUCAAAGACAGACAUCCAAAAAGUUCAAGUAUCAAACGUAUCUCGUGAAAUUUAUAACAAAUAUUUUAAGUCCGCUCAAGUAAUACCGCGCGGAGCAGUAGCAAAGCUAACUGCCAUUGUAAAGCAAAUCAAUCUUGCUAUUGAAGAACAACGGGUGUCUUCCAAUAGCAAUUGGUCAAGCACCCUGGAUACUGCGCUAACAAAUCUUUCGAAAUUAAUUCAUGAAGAUGGUGUGGUAAGUGCAUAUGAAAUGCAUUCUUCAGGCCUUGUCCAAGCAUUGGUUGCAGUGUUAUCUAAUAACUAUUGGGAGUUCAAUUUGUCGCGUUGUAAAACAAAUAAAAUGCUAAAAGAUCGCAUUGAUAUAUUUAAAAAAUGCAUUUUUGGAGACUGCGACGAAUCAAACAUAUACAAUACGAAAAAUACUGCGAGUAUUCUUAUACAAAAGCUUGUUGCGGUCUUAGAAAGUACUGAAAAGCUUCCGUUGUUCCUGUACGAUGCUCCAGGCACUGGCUAUGGUUUACAAAUACUUCAAAAACGACUGCGUUUUCGAUUGGAACGUGCGUCUUCUGAGAGUACUCUUUUUGAUAGAACGGGUCGCACUUUAAAAGUAGAACCAUUAGCUACAGUUGGAAAUCUCUCAAAAUAUUUACUAAAAAUGGUUGCUAAACAAUGGUAUGACCUUGACAGAUCUACAUUUUUAUAUUUGAAAAAGUUACGUGAAAACAAUCAAGGUAUUUCAUUUACAUACAAUUUUGAUUUCGAUGAAGAAGGAUUAAUUUACUACAUUGGAUCAAAUGGAAAAACAUGUGAGUGGGUAAAUCCAGCGCAAUAUGGUCUGGUGCAAGUUACAAGCUCUGAGGGUAAAACGUUACCUUAUGGAAAACUAGAAGACAUACUGUCGCGUGAUAGCGUUUCCCUUAACUGUCACACAAAAGAUAACAAAAAAGCUUGGUUUUCAAUUGAUCUUGGAGUAUUUAUUCUGCCUACUGCAUACACCUUGCGUCAUGCUCGAGGAUACGGGAGAUCCGCACUAAGAAAUUGGCAUUUUCAAGCAUCAAAAGAUGGUAUUAACUGGACUACGCUUAUAAAUCAUGUUGACGAUAAGAGUUUAGCAGAACCAGGAAGCACAGCAACUUGGCCCAUAAUAUGUUCUUCUGAUGAUACAAAAGGAUAUCGUCACAUAAGAAUCCAACAAAAUGGUCGGAACGCUUCAAAUCAAACUCAUUACUUGAGUUUAAGUGGAUUAGAAAUUUACGGACGUGUCGUAGGAGUUUGUGAUGAUAUUGGUAAAACUAUAAAAGAAGCCGAAGCGAAAGCACGCCGCGAAAGACGUCAAAUACGGGCUCAGCUCAAACAUAUUACUUGUGGGGCACGAGUGGUUCGUGGAGUUGAUUGGCGUUGGGAUGAUCAAGAUGGGUCCUGCGAAGGUACCAUAACUGGGGAAAUACACAAUGGAUGGAUUGAUGUGAAGUGGGACCAUGGGGUAAGAAAUUCCUAUCGUAUGGGAGCUGAAGGUAAAUACGAUUUAAAAUUAUCCAAUUUGGAGAAUAUCGCUAUUUUCGAAGGAGUUAAUUCAAUGCUACCAGUUGCAUCAGGAGUAGGACCUAAAAAAAUUGAUAAGACUAACGUGUUAACUUCUCGUAAAUCUAGUUCAACCCCAUCGCUCCCUGAAGCUACUGAGAUAAAUAAAAACCCUGAAGAUGCAUCCAAUCAAACUGUCUCAGCCGACAACCUUGCUUGGAAACAAACUGUAGAAACCAUUACAGAAAAUGUAUUUAUCUCAGCAAAGAGUCACAUUGCAACUAACCAGUCGAGCACAGCUAUAGCAAAAGAAGCUGUCUAUAAUGAAGCGAUCUCUGACCAACCUUCCUCAGAAACAUCAAUUAUUCCAUCACCGUUAAUUCGGGAAUUACAACACAUUGCGGAUCUAUCCACAAUCAAUAAUUCAAUGCCUGCGAUAAACUUAAGUAAUAUGUCAGACUUGGCCACCAUUUCAGAAAGUUUGUCAAUUGUUGAAGUUUCGAAAGAAAAUAGCAGUGCAAAGCCAGCUGAAUCUAAAACAACUGAAGCUAACUCUGUCGUAUCAAAGGACAUGAAACAAAAACCAUAUAUAGAAGAAAACAAUAAAAUGAAUGCAAACAACUCUGUUAAUAAUUUGGCAAAAGGACUAUUGAUAAAUUUGAGGCAAAUGAAUUCAGCUAGUUCUCAUUGUGCUUCUCAAUUUCCAACAGAUACUCGCGAAAUUAUAGAUAAAAUGCGUGAUGGUGUUGACAUGCUACGCAACAAUACCAAUAAUAUACUGUCUUCAGAUGAAUUACACAUACCUCGCUCGAACGUGUCAUUAGGUCCUAAGGAAACUGCAAAGUUCUCGGCGUUAAUACAACCAGGCACUUCUCAAAAAGGUGAAAUAUUAGAUGGUAUGGGUAACGAAUCUUUGAAUACCUCCUUACCCCAACAAAAUGUUUCUAAUUCAGAUGAGGCACCACAGGUAUCAGCGUUCCCUGGUCAAAUCGAGACCAUUAUAAAUUCUCAAAUUACAAAUGAUGUUGUCUCCGUCCCUAAUCAAAUGAGUAUCAGUGUGCCCAAUUUAACAACAUCAUCUGAAGUAUCAUCUACAUCAGAGGUGGCUGUUCAUACUGGCCUAUUAGAAACAUUCACAGCAAUUGCGCGUCGUCGAACAUCACAAGACACAAGCAAUGAUGAAAACCAGUCGCACAACAACACAAAUAUUAAUAAAAAUGAACAUAGUAAUCAAAACGUUGGAGCAGGCUCAUUUUUUUCCAGAGGUCCUAACUCUGUUACAAGUUUAGUAAAAUUAGCUUUAUCUAGUAAUUUCCAUUCUGGCUUACUAAGUACAGCGCAAAGUUAUCCUAGCCUCUCAUCUAAUAAUGGAUCAAAUAGUUCAUCGAAUACAACUAACAAAAAAGUUAGUCAGCAACCUACUUCGUCCAUUAAUCCAACGCUAACUAUGAGCUUAACUUCUACAUCAAGUGAUAGCGAACAAGUUUCGUUAGAAGACUUUUUAGAAAGCUGCAGAGCUCCGACAUUGUUGGGCGAUAUGGAAGAUGAAGAUGAUAUGGAGGAAGAAAACGAUGAAGAAGAAAAUGAGGAUGAAUAUGAGGAAGUAGGAAAUACACUUUUACAGGUUAUGGUGUCACGCAACCUUUUAACAUUUAUGGAUGAUGAAUCCCUGGAAAAUAGAUUGGCAGGUGUAAGCAAGCGCAAAUCGUGGGAUGAUGAAUUUGUUUUAAAAAGGCAGUUUUCCGCUUUAAUACCUGCUUUUGACCCUAGACCAGGUCGUACAAAUGUGAAUCAAACUUCCGAUUUGGAAAUUUGUCCACCAGACACAAAUCUGGAAUCUUUUCAACAAAGCGGGCAAAUCAUUCCUGAACAGACAAUGCUUGGCUUGAAGUUACGAGGCCCAGGUGUUGGAGGUGUUCCUGACGUUGAAAUCGAUUUGGAUAAUAGUGAGUGGACUAUAUUUAGAGCAGUACAAGAACUAUUACAAAACAGCCAAAUCAAUAAAAAUGACAAAUUUCGCAAGUUAUGGGAGCCAACGUAUACAAUUGUUUAUCGUGAAACAUAUCCAACAGUUCAGGAAUGCUCAUAUAUUGAAUCUGAAGAAGGACAAAAAACUCCAGGAGUUUCAUCGAGAAGCGGAGCGUCUACAUUAUCGCCGAAUUCCCCAGUCUAUGGUGGAUUAAAUAUUACGGAUAAUAACCUAUGCUCUGUUGAGGAUGUGCUUGAAUUGCUUACUCAAAUUAACGCACUUAAUCAAUGUGAAAUUGAACCCGACGAUAAUAACGCAUCAUCACAAAAAACUUCUUAUUUACCUGCUGAGCUCUUUAUGAGUAAAAAAAUUACAAAUAAAUUACAGCAGCAAAUUCAUGAUCCUCUUGUUCUGUCAAGUAAUGCUCUUCCGAAUUGGUGUGAGGAUCUCAAUCAAUCUUGUCCAUUUUUAUUUCCAUUCGAAACCCGACAAUUAUAUUUUAAUUGCACUGCAUUUGGAGCAUCCAGAAGUAUUGUCUGCUUACAAUCUCAACGUGACAUUACAACUGAACGGCAAAGAAUUCCUAUUAUGAGUCCUCGUCGAGACGAUCAGCAUGACUUCCGUGUUGGCAGAUUGAAGCACGAGCGCGUAAAAGUUCCACGAAAUAAGGAUUUACUUAAGUGGGCCAUUCAAGUCAUGAAGGCACAUUGCAAUCGAAAGUCUGUGCUAGAAGUAGAGUUUUUGGAUGAAGAAGGAACUGGGCUGGGACCAACACUUGAAUUCUAUGCUUUAGUAGCUGCAGAAAUUCAACGAACGGAUUUAUGUAUGUGGUUAUGUGACGAUGAAUAUAGUGAAAAUCAUAGCGAACCUCAGUUUCACAACAUAGAAGACGGCUCGCAACCCAUUGGAUACUAUGUAAAUAGGCGUGAGAGUGGAUUAUUCCCAGCACCUCUGCCACAAAACUCAGAGUUAUGUGAGCAGGUUUCAAAAUAUUUUUGGUUUUUUGGAGUUUUUAUUGCCAAAGUCUUGCAGGAUAUGCGACUUGUUGAUAUGCCCUUGUCCAAAUCAUUUUUACAAUUACUUUGCCAUAACAAAGUAUUAUCCCGAAAUGAUUUAAAGCUUAGAUCAAAACCACGUUUCCAAGAUCUGAUGGCGAGCUCAGUAGUUUCAAAAGAUGCCGAGCUUGCAAAUACAUAUUCAACAUUUUUAAACGAGGAUCUAACACAGUGCAACUGGUUCAGUGGAAUCCUUAAUAUUGAAAACCUGAAAGAAAUUGAUCCAACACGUUAUCAAUUUUUAAUUGAGCUACAGGACUUGUUAAUGCGUAAACAAGCCAUUGACUUAGAUGGGACUCUAAAUAGUCAGGAAAAACAAAAAUUGAUUAAUAAUCUUAAAUUGCGCACCAAAAAUGAUAUUGAAGUAUCACUCGAUGACUUGGCCCUUACAUUUACAUAUUUGCCUAGCUCGUCUGUGUAUGGAUAUACAUACGCAGAGCUUAUUCCAAAUGGCUAUUCAACUGAAGUCAAUAUAAAUAACCUAGAAGCAUAUUGGGAAUUGCUUGUCAACUUUAUGUUGCAAGAUGGUAUUGCCAAACAAAUGCAGGCAUUCUAUGACGGGUUCUGUGAAGUAUUUCCAUUAAAUAAAUUGGCCGCAUUUAACCCGUCCGAAGCUAGAAUGAUGAUAUGUGGAGAGCAAUAUCCGCAAUGGAGCCGUGAAGAUCUAAUGGCGUACACUGAGCCGAAACUGGGCUACUCCAAGGAUAGUCCUGGAUUUUUGCGUUUUGUUAAUGUUCUUUUGAGCUUCACGGGUUCUGAACGUAAAGCAUUUUUGCAAUUUACUACUGGAUGCAGUAGUUUACCGCCAGGAGGAUUAGCUAAUUUACAUCCUCGACUUACAGUAGUAAGAAAAGUUGAUGCUGGACAAGGAAGUUAUCCAUCUGUGAAUACUUGCGUUCAUUACUUAAAGCUUCCCGAUUACCCAUCUGAAGAAAUAAUGAAAGAUCGCUUAUUAACAGCAACAAAGGAAAAAGGGUUUCAUUUAAAUUAAAAAAAAAGUAUUUUUAUUAUUUACAUUGUUAAUUAAAAAUGGCUUAGAUCUUUUUAAAAUCUUACUAUAUAUGUAAAUACUAAACGUUCUGGUAAAACACAAUUGCAAUUAAUGUCA